AUGAAGUUCUCCCUCUUCGCCGUCCCAGCUUUCAUCGCCGGUGCUCUCGCCGCCCCAGCCAUCUCCCAGGAGAAGCGCCAGGUUGGCCAGGUCGUCUCCAUCGUUGAGGGCCUCGUCUCCGACAUCACCAGCCUGACGGGCAAGAUCAACGCCACCACCGUCGGUGUCGGUGCUGCCGGUGUUUCCGCCCAGGUCACCGUCGACAUCCAGGACACUCUCGACACCGUCGUUUCCACCAUCGAGGGCGUCGUCUCCGCCACUGGCGCCAUCAGCCUCGUCGACAACGUCGCCGGCGAGACCGAGACCUACGUUGCUGGUCUCCUGUCCACCGUCAUCGAGGAGCUCAACGGCACCCUCGGCAACGUCGAGACUCUCGUUGGUCUUGACGCCAUCACCAGCCAAGUCACCGGCAUCACCUCGCAGCUCGGCGGUCUCCUCAACAUCCUCCAGGGUCUUGGUCUCCAGAACAUCCUCUCAACCGUCACCGGCCUCCUCAACAUCCUCCCAGUCGGCCAGGUCACCGGCCUCAUCAGCGGCCUCGGCCUCCCUCUCAAGCAGUAA